GUGACUCUAACCAGCGGUGUCUCUGCAAGGCCCGGAGAAGGACGGGUUAAACCCACCGCCCUCCUGAACCUUCCGCUUCCCAGGGAGCUGCCGGGCGCGGGGCUGCAGCAGCGCAGGGACCUUCCUGUCCAGCUGCCCCGGAGCCGGGGUCCUGGUCCGGGUGUGCGCAGGGUUGAGUCCCCGGCUCGGGGAAACAGCAGCAGGGGCAGGAAGUCGCUGCCCGGAGCGGAGCCCAGCCCGGUUCUCCCUCGCGAUCUCGCUGCCCCGAAGGGUCCCCAGCCUGGAUCCCGCCUCCCCCCCUGCAGAGAGCUGGGCCGGCGAGGCCAAAGCCCCGGCGCGUUCUCGGCGCCGGGCCCCGGGGGGAGAUUUCGCCCAGCAGGAUCUCCGGCCCUGGCCGCGAUCCCCCGCAUGGAGCCUGGGGCAGAGCCGAGGGUCCCGGAUCUCCAGGGCUCUCCGGGAAGGGAGAUCCCCAGAGGCGUCCACACAGGUGCCAGGAAGGAGGAGGAGAAUCCCCAGCAGGAGCCACACAGGCCAUCACAGAGCCCCGAGCAGGGAGAGGCCAACAGGGUGGGACAGCAGGGGGGAGACCUCCAAGGGGUGGAAAAUGGCUUUGGGCUUCUCAAUAGCAUGUCUGUCCCCCAGAGACUGACCAUCUGUGGGCAAUGUGGGAAGAGCUUUAGCCAGUAUUCGGACCUUAUUAAGCACCAGCGGAUCCACACGGGGGAGAGACCCUACAGCUGCUCCCAGUGUGGGAAGAGCUUCAGCCAGAGCUCCCACCUUGCCAAGCAUCAGCGGAUCCACACCGGUGAGAGGCCCUACAAAUGCCCUGACUGCGGGAAGGGCUUCAACGACAGCUCCUACCUCCUGCAGCACCGCCGCACCCACACGGGCGAGCGGCCUUACGAAUGCCCGGACUGUGGGAAAAGCUUUGGAGACAAGUCAGGCCUUACCCGCCACCAGAAGGUGCAUCACGGCGAAAGACCCUACAAAUGCCCUGACUGUGGGAAGAGCUUCAGCGACAGCUCCUACCUCAUCCAGCAUCAGCGCAUCCACACGGGCGAGCGGCCCUACAAAUGCACCGAGUGCGGGAAGAGCUUCAGCCGAAACUCACACCUGGUUCAGCACCAGCGGGUCCACACGGGGGAACGCCCCUACAAAUGCGCUGACUGCGGGAUGAGCUUCAGCCACAGCUCCACCCUGAUCGGGCACCAGAGGACCCACCGUGGUGAUAAGCCCUACAAAUGCUCCCAGUGCAGGAAGAGCUUCCGGCACAAGUCAACCCUGGUGAAGCAUCAGCGGACCCACACUGGGGAGCGGCCCUACAGCUGCGCCAAGUGUGGGAAGAGCUUCAGCUGGGGCUCGGCUUUCAUCAAGCACCAGCGCACCCACACGGGGGAGCGGCCCUACCAAUGCACCCAGUGUGGGAAGGGCUUUGGGGACAGCUCGGCCCUGAUCCAGCACCAGCGCACCCACACCAGGGAGCGGCCCUACAAGUGCUCUGAGUGUGGGAAGGGCUUUGGUGACAGCUCCACCUUGAAUCAGCACCAGCGCACCCAUUCGGCAGAGAAACCCUACAAAUGCCCAGAGUGUGGGAGGAGCUUCAUCCUCAGCUCCCACCUUGUCCGGCACCAGAGGGUCCAUGUGGCUUAGAGUCCCCAUGUGAGGACAGUUCUGUUCACUGUUCACAUCUCUUUAGGGACCUUAGAAACCAGGCCUCCUUAGAGACCACAGAACAGGCCUCUUUAGGGACUAGGCCUCCAUAGCGACCAAGGAUCUUGGAGACCUGGACCAGGCCUCCUUAGAUGCCAGAGACCAGGCCUCUUUAGGGACUAGGCCUCCUUAGAAACCAAGGAUGUUAGAGACCAGAGACCAGGCCUCUUUAGGGACGAGGCCUCCUUAGAGACCAAGGGCCUUGGAGACCUGGGACCUGGCCCCUUUAGGGAGAUGGAAGCAGGCUCUUUAGGAAACACAUCAUCCCAGAGACCUGACGUAGUUUUUCCCCUGGGGCAAGGCACAGCCCAUUGCGAUAUGGAUGCAGUGUGUGUAUGGGCGGAAGUGGGGACAGGAAUGACUGAGGGGCCCAUGGGUAGAAAUUAGGUGAAGUGGGGAAGGAAGUGAACAUGAGGGUCCCUUUUGCCCCAGUCAAGAUGGGGCUAUUAGAAAUGCUUAAAAGCCACACGGCAGGGUUCUCAGCCUGGGAUCACUGCCCCACAAAGGGGGUCAUGGUAACCAUACCCCUUCCUUGUUUCUAAGAGGGCAGGUUCCUGGCUAUAUGGCAGUGGUAUCCUGGUAGGGAAAAGGUGAGAAUCCUCAUAAUAGUGAGGGAGUGAUCUCUGAAGGACUUGGGGGCUUUUGUCUGUGCCCGCUCCUGGGUGGGGUGGGGGCGGGGCGACCUGUUCCUUCAUUCCCCUGGAACUCCACAGCUCUGGGCCUCACUCUCUGCUCCUUCCCCUCUCCCAGGGGCUGGGCGUGGGGAGGGUUAGGGACCCAUGGGGAAGGGUGAGUGAGGCUACUGAAAACUGGAGGGGGCUGCUCCCAGAGGCCAGACAGACAUAUGCUCCCAUACGGCUGGGCGGGGGGUGAGAGAGUGCCUAAUCUCCUUCUCCCUGGUGGUGUCUCCAGUGCCUGGCUCCUCUUUCCAUGGUGCACAGAGUCCAGUGGCACCUGGAGAACAUCCGUUCCUGUGCUUGGUGCAGCUGACAUCCAGCCAGCCCCACCCGUGGCUCUCGGUUCCCAGCAGGCACCUGGAUCUCACCCUCCUGCUGUCUUUGGUGAUGAUCCAGUCUCCUGUGGUGUUAGUCAAUUGUAUCUGUAGGAAAUAAACUUCGCCACUGGGAUCUGCCUCCUCCCAUCUCCGUGGUGAGGGCUCUGUCUCAGAGCUCAACGUGGCCCUGGACGUGUUGUUCUCGCCUGCAGGGAAGCUCAGAAGCUGCUUGGGCUCCCAGUUAUCAUGAUUUGCCGCUCUGAUCCUGACAUAAACCCCUGCAGAACGCCGUCUUGUCUUGCUCAGUAUCGUCUUCAUGGUAGGUGUGGCUCCCAGCUUCCUCCUGUUCUGCCUGAUCCUUUGCAGGAGCCCUCGCCUUCCCAGCCUUUCUCUGAAGGCUCAGAGAAUCAUAGCGAUGUAGGGCUGGAAGGGGCCUCGAGAGGUCACCAGGUCUAGCCUCCUGCGCAGAGGCAGGACCGAGUAACGCUAGACCAUCCCUGAAAGGUGUUUGUCCAACCUGUUCUUAAAAACUUGCAAUAUUGCAGAUUCCACCACCUCCCUAGGAAACCUCUAACCUAUCCUACAUCUCCCUUGCUGCAGAUUAAGCCCAUUACUUCUGGUCCUACCUUUGGUGGACAUAGCAAAGAAUUGAUCACUGUCCUCUUUGUAACAGCCCUGAACAUAUUUGAAGACCGUUAUCAGGUCCCCCUUCAGCCUUCUUUUCUCAAGACUAAACAUGCCUGUUUUUUUUAAUCUUUCCUCAUAAGUUCUCUAAGCUUUCAUUAUUUUUGUUCCUCUCCUCUGGACUCUCCAGUUUGUCCACAUCUUUCCUAAAGAACUGGGCACACUUCUCCAGCUGAGGCCUGCGCUGAAUGCCGUUGGACCCCGGGAGCAGAACCAGCACCUGAGAAAUGAAAACAGUAGGGAGCCCUUACCCUCUGCUCCCACUCAACUCCCAUUUCCAACUGCCACAGAACUCCUGGCUUCAACCUUCACCUGAACCUUUUUUUUCCCCCACGAAAAGUGCAGAUUUUUGCCACAUUUCACAAAUUCAUAUUGGUUUCACCAAAUUGUUGAUUUAAGACAAAACAAUCUGAAAAAUUCAAAUGUAUAGUUUUGAUAUUUUCUAAAUGAAACAUUUUGAUUUUUUUUGGUUCAAACCAACUUUUGGAUUUCCGAAUUUCCUUCAAUUUCAUUAAACUCCAAUUCAAAAAGAUUUUUAAAAAAUGCUCAAAAUUGAAACAAAAAAAUGUGCGUUGAUCCAAAACUAAUUUUCCCCCCAACUUUUUGAUUUGCUGAACAUGUGGUUUUUCAGUUUGACCCCAAAUGAUUUCUUUUCUUGUUUUCAGAAUUGCCGGUGUAUCAAAAGAUCCAUUAUUCACCCAUCAUAAGCUGGAAUGUGCCCCACCACUCUUAGCACCACCCAGGGCAGAUCUCUGGGCAUGGACAGGAUCUGUGCUCUGCUCCAGCUUUUAAACAGUCUCUUGCGGGAACCUUUAUACAAUUAGGCUCCCACGGGAUCUGACACUUCCUUCAGGUUAGGCCGCGUUGCCUCGCCACCUCCAGAACUGUUUCACAUUGCAAGCUCUUCUCAGCGAAUCCAACUGAAAUAGACUUCUGGUCAGAAACUUGUACGCUCCUCAGGGGCAAGAGAGAAUGGAUCACUUGAUAAUUACCUGUUCUGUUCAUUCCCUUUGAAGCAUCUGGCAUUGGCCACUGUCGGAAGACAGGAUACUGGGCUAGAUGGACCUUUGGUCUGGCCCAAUAUUGCCAUUCUUAAUGUACCUCAGCCAGUAUUUGCAGUGACACCAAGCAGCGUUUUCAAGACCAAGCAGGAUGUAUUAGCCAACUGGAACACAGCAUUGGAAGUUGUUAGGUUAGCAUCUACAUAAACAAAGCUUCUUAAAAAUCCCUGGGCACUAUCAGGGCCUGGCAUAAGGUCAGCGCGGCAAAUUUGGAGUCAUUUGGACAAAGGGUUGCUGAGUCAGAGCACCCAGAAUAAAGCACCGGUUGGUAACAUUUCUGUUAUCAUUUUUUUUUCCCCUUUUGCUACACACUUGUGGGCUCAAAUUCUUGCUGUGAUCAUCUCACACUGAUCUCACCUGAUCAGGUCUGAUCUCUGCUAGUGUCUAGCACCCACUCCGCUUUUGGGGGAGCAAAGGCUGUGCUUUGGCGCACAGAAGUGGCAUGCGCCUAGGAAGAUUUGCUGGUGUACCAUGAGACUGGGAUGAAGGAGCCUAUGAAGCGACAGCCCUAAUACCAGAGUUGCUCAGGAGCUUAAGGGUUGACUCCAAGCACCUCCCCCGUGUCACGAGUUCAAGUUGAGCUGUUGGCAAAUUCCCCAGCCUAGAUGAAUGUUCUCCAGUCGUGGCAAAGGAGCCCAAAACUCAGAGCUUUUUGCUUAAGAAGCAAUAGUUCAAAGUGCUUGGAAACCUACGUGCCUACUCAGAUUGUCUUGAAAAUUGCUACCCGUCCUCAGUACCAGCAGUACAGAAAAUGGUACUAGUUUGGGGUCAUUUGGGCAAGGCCACCCCAAUCAGUGUCCGACCAACAAUCAAAGUGCUCUAAAACCCACGUGCAAUAGAAUUAUAGAGUCUAAGGCCAGAAGGGACAAUUGUGGGUCAUUUGGUUAAGGAGUUCCCCACAUAUAGCACCACCAAAAAGAGCUGCUUUGAACAUCUGCAGUUUUUUAUAAUGUGUUUGGCCCAGAGCUAAGGCCAGGGCCGGCUAUAGGUUUUUUACUGCCCCAAGCAAACAAAUGUUUGGCUGCCCCCUACCCCAGCCUUGGGCUCCCCUCUCAUAUUGCUGCUGCCCCAGCCUUGAGCUCUCCUCCUCCCCCCACACCCACUGCUUCCCCAGCUCUGGGCAUC